CAAUCAAUGUAAUGUUACAAACCUACCUGAUGAGAAUAAUAUGCUUGCAGGAGAUUCUCCUUGGAUCCAAUGUUUGACGACAGCGCUGUCUCAGGACCGGAGGCGGCAUCAUUGGGAGAAUUCCGGAUCUGUGUCGAAAGGAAGGGAUUGCAUUGCCCCCCCGGCCGCGACAAUGACGAGCUCCUGCUGCGAUUUCUCCGUGCAAGGAUGCUCGACGUGCCCAAGGCGGCAGCCAUGUACGAGGAAUUCGUCCGGUGGCACAAGGAGCAAUCGGUGGAUUCGGUGCUGGAGGAUUUCUCGUACCCGGAGCUGGAGCGCGUGAUUGAGGCGUGGCCUCAAGCAUGGCACAAGACUGACAAGCGAGGCCGCCCUGUCAACAUCCAGCUCUUCUCGAGAUUGAAUGUGGAAGCUUUGUUCGAGGUGACGAGCGAGGAGCGCCUGAUCCGGCGUGGGCUAUGGGUUCUCGAGGAUCUCCACCAGAACAAGCUCCCGGCUUGCUCCAGGGACGCCGGCCAUCACGUCGGCCGUGUGACAAUCGUGAUCGAUCUCAAAAACGUUGGGAUCUCCACCUUCACCAAUUCUCGAGUGAGAAAGAUCCUCUCCCAUUUUGCUCACGUCUUCUCCCAGUACUACCCGGAGUACCUGGGACAAGUGAUCAUCGUGAAUGCUCCAGUGUCUUUCAAGAUCGUCUGGCAGCUCCUGGGGCCCUUCAUGGACGAAAAGACGAGGAAGAAGAUCAGCAUCCACAGGGGCGAUGGCAGCGAGAGCUUACUGGAGGCGAUCGACAGUGAAGACUUGCCAGCAGUCCUUGGUGGGAGCUGCCACUGCAAAGUUUGCAAAUCCUUCUCGAGAUAAACCAAUGAACCUAUCAUAGCUAUUCUAUUUCUAUAAAAGAAGCUUACACGAACGAGCUCU